CAGAGCCUUUGUGUAUCUGUGCGGCUCAGUGUCGGAAGCUGCUGAACGACUUUAGGGCAGAGAGAGCUGACGACCGUGGAGGCUGAAGAGUACACGAGCCAAUCACCAUGAAACUGUCUCACCUGCUGCUGCUGCUGUGCACCAUCUGUCUGUGCAUCCUGCCGUCGACCUCCAGCCCCAACCAUCCGUCAGAUGUUUCAAAGCUCCUCCAGGUGACCAUCCCAGCCACCCCUCCAGUGCUCGCUGUGCUGGGGAGCUCUCUGACGUUACCCUGCCUGGUGUCUCUGGCUCACCCGCCGCCUUCACCCUCUACCAACGGACGCCACCACGUGCUGACUCUGCCUCGCGUCAAAUGGAGUGUCCUGACUCAUGGCAGAGAGACGGAGAUCCUGGUUGCCCGCGGCGACAGAGUGAGGGUCAAUGAGGCCUACAAAGAGCGAGCCUCACUGCUCAACUACGCAUCCUCCCCUGCCGACCUCACCCUGCGGCUGGAGAGCCUGAGGCACAACGACAGCGGCUUCUACCGCUGCGAGGUUCAGCAGGGCCUGGAGGAUGCCGACGACGUGGCCCAGGUCAAGGUCAAAGGUGUUGUGUUUCAUUAUCGGGACGCAUCCAGUCGCUAUGCCUUCACCUUUGAGCGGGCAAGAGAGGCCUGCCAGGAGAUCAGGGCUGACAUCGCCACUCCGGAGCAGCUCCUCGCCGCCUACCACAGCGGGUACGAGCAGUGUGACGCUGGCUGGCUGUCUGACCACUCGGUGAGAUAUCCAAUCCAGAUGCCAAGAGAGGGCUGCUUUGGGGACAUGGCUGGCCUGCCAGGAGUGAGGAAUUAUGGGCUGUUAGAGCCCGAUGAGCUGUAUGACGUCUACUGCUACGUGGAGAAUAUUAAUGGUGAGGUGUUCCAUGGCUCCGCCCCCCAGCAUUUCACCUUCUGGGAGGCCAAAGCGUACUGUCUGAGCCACGGGGCCGAGCUCGCCUCCACAGCUCAGCUGUACGCAGCCUGGCACGAUGGACUGAACCUCUGCAACCCGGGCUGGCUGGCAGAUGGGAGCGUGCGCUACCCCAUCGUCACCCCUAGAGAGCGCUGUGGAGGAGGCGAACCCGGCGUCAGGACGGUCUAUCGCUACAGCAACCAGACGGGCUUCCCUGAAGAGCACACUCUCCAUGAUGUGUACUGCUUCAGAGGAGAUCAUGGUGCUUACACAGAAUCUCCUCAGGAACGUCUCACCACGGAGCCAGAGGACCUAGGCCAGGACGUUAUCUUCUUCACUUAUCCUGCCAGAGAGGAGUUCAGUCUGAGUGAUGGGAUGGUGAGGGGGGGCCAAGAGGUCCAACGUGCCCAGACAGUCAGUCCAUUAAAGCAGGGCCCUCAUGAUGCUUCGCCCAUUCUGUUUGGUUAUGACAACAAACCAACGCUGACCAUUGACCUUCAUCACUUUGUCACUCCUACACCUGAGCAUCGACAAUACCUGAAGGACACCUUUGGUAUCAUUGAGACCAAUGAGCAAUCACCUGAAGACAACCCAGAGACCAAUCAGACAUCACCUGAAGACAACCCAGAGACCAAUCAGACGUCACCUGAAGACAACCCAGAGACCAAUCAGACAUCACCUGAAGACAACCCAGAGACCAAUCAGCUGUCACCUGAUGACAACCCAGAGACCAAUCAGACGUCACCUGAAGACAACCCAGAGACCAAUCAGACAUCACCUGAAGACAACCCAGUGACCAAUCAGACAUCACCUGGAGACAACCCAGAGACCAAUCAGCUGUCACCUGAUGACAACCCAGAGACCAAUCAGACAUCACCUGAAGACAACCCAGAGACCACUCAGACAUCACCUGGAGACAACCCAGAGACCAAUCAGACAUCACCUGAAGACAACCCAGAGACCAAUCAGACGUCACCCGAUGACAACCCAGAGACCAAUCAGACGUCACCCGAUGACAACCCAGAGACCAAUCAGACGUCACCCGAAGACAACCCAGAGACCGAUCAGACGUCACCCGAUGACAACCCAGAGACCGAUCAGCCGUCACCCGAAGACAACCCAGAGACCAAUCAGACGUCACCCGAUGACAACCCAGAGACCGAUCAGCCGUCACCCGAAGACAACCCAGAGACCGAUCAGACGUCACCCGAUGACAACCCAGAGACCGAUCAGACGUCACCCGAAGACAACCCAGAGACCGAUCAGACGUCACCCGAUGACAACCCAGAGACCGAUCAGACGUCACCCGAAGACAACCCAGAGACCGAUCAGACGUCACCCGAUGACAACCCAGAGACCGAUCAGACGUCACCCGAUGACAACCCAGAGACCGAUCAGACGUCACCCGAUGACAACCCAGAGACCGAUCAGACGUCACCCGAUGACAACCCAGAGACCGAUCAGACGUCACCCGAUGACAACCCAGAGACCGAUCAGACGUCACCCGAUGACAACCCAGAGACCGAUCAGACGUCACCCGAAGACAACCCAGAGACCGAUCAGACGUCACCCGAUGACAACCCAGAGACCGAUCAGACGUCACCCGAAGACAACCCAGAGACCGAUCAGACGUCACCCGAAGACAACCUAGAGACCGAUCAGACGUCACCCGAAGACAACCCAGAGACCGAUCAGACGUCACCCGAUGACAACCCAGAGACCGAUCAGACGUCACCUGAAGACAACCCAAAGACCGAUCAGACGUCACCCGAUGACAACCCAGAGACCGAUCAGACGUCACCCGAAGACAACCCAGAGACCGAUCAGACGUCACCCGAAGACAACCCAGAGACCGAUCAGACGUCACCCGAUGACAACCCAGAGACCGAUCAGACGUCACCUGAAGACAACCCAGAGACCGAUCAGACGUCACCUGAAGACAACCCAGAGACCAAUCAGACGUCACCUGAAAACAACCCAGAGACCAAUCAGACGUCACCUGAAGACAACCUAGGCACAGUUCCUGAAGAGUCUCACCAAAUCCCAACAGCUUCACCAAAUGCUGAUGGUGGACCAACUGAUGAAGACUCCACUUUACCGCCAAAUGAUGAAGACUCCACUUUACCUCCAACUGAUGAAGACUCCACUUUACCUCCAACUGAUGAAGACUCCACUUUACCGCCAACUGAUGAAGACUCCACUUUACCGCCAACUGAUGAAGACUCCACUUUACCUCCAACGACUCCAGAGGAUAGAAAGAUGUCAGAGCAUCGUGUUUCUGUGACUGAAAGUCUGGAGAAGUUAACAUCUGGAGCUGAGUCAAGUGAACACCUCGACAGUUCCACUGUGGUUCCUCAAGAGGGCGACCUUCCUGUUCUACAAGAGGACCACAGUCAUGAAGUCGACCUGGACCACGACUUAGAGACGGUGAGCUCUCUAGAUGUAUCAGGACGGACUGAAGAAGAGGGCAGAGCAGGUACUGUGAAGGAGAUGUCGGCGCACCCUGAGGAGACAGAUGUUCACCUCAAAACAAUGUCACCAACUUUUGACCACAGCACACCAGAGAAACAUCGACCAGAAGAGGCGACUGCAAGCCCUGCUCCAGAAGAAGAGAAAAUAAACUCUGGGACUCAGAGUUUGUUGGGUUUGGACCAGUCGACCAUGUCUGAAUCAUUUAAUAUUUCAGGCACUGAUCCCACUCAGGAGCACUCAGGUGGAGCUCGUCUGUCCGUCUCAGUCGAUGAUGUUGAGGAACCAGGAUCAGAUCACGCUGCAGAAAUGCGUCCAGCAGAGCUCCACACAGUCACGUAUGACUCACACUCUUCUGAUUGGCUAACGUUGUUAACUUCCUCUGUGUCUGUCACCCUAACUCCGCCUCCUGUGGAGGUCGAAGCCAGAACCUUCAUCAGUAACUGUUCGUCUGGGGCCAAUGGUCUUGAGCACUUCCAGGAUGAUUUAGGAGAAAACCCAGAAAUACUCCUAUGUACAUCCCAUAAUACCACAGAGACCGAACAGGAGGAGAGAGAGCAAGAUGGCGGCGAGGGAUCAGCUGAAUCAUUCGAGGAGGGCGGAGAUGUGAAACCAUACCUGACGCGCUCAAUGAGAGUCGACGGUGACGAUCCUGAGUCUGAUGUAAAAAUCAAGCUGAUCCCUCUUCUGGCGCUCACGCCCGCAUGGGAACCACAGACGUCCACGCCGCAGGAGUCUCGCUCGGACCGCGAAUACAGCGCAGAGAUGGCUGUCAAUCAAGAUUCUGAUGACGUGUCUAAGGAGCAGGAUGUCGAGGACACAACCAGCAGCAACAUAGAUCCUGGAUCAGAGGGACGGACCAGCACAGACUCUUCAGUCUGCACACGGCGUCCUGACGCGGCUGAAACCAUCAGUCGGACGCCGAGGACGCACAAAGACUCGUGUUUGGAGAACCCGUGUUUAAACGGAGGAACCUGCGUGGACGGAGAAACGGCGAGCUGUGUGUGUUUGUCCGGGUACGGAGGAGACGUGUGCCAGACAGACGUGGAGGUGUGUGAGCCCGGCUGGGAGAAGUUUCAUGGUUUCUGUUAUCGUCACUUCACCACCAGACAGAGCUGGGAGGCAGCGGAGCAGCACUGUCGCAUGUGUGGAGGUCACCUUCUCUCCGUGAUGACCCCUGAGGAGCAGGACUACAUCAAUGACAGAUAUAGAGAGUAUCAGUGGAUCGGACUGAACGACAGAACCAUCGAGGGAGACUUCCGCUGGUCGGACGGGAACCCUCUGCUCUAUCAGAACUGGUUCAGAGGACAGCCUGACAGCUACUUCCUGUCCGGUGAGGACUGUGCUGUAAUGGUCUGGCACGAUGGCGGCCGCUGGAGCGAUGUGCCGUGUAACUACCACCUGUCCUACACCUGCAAGAAGGGCGUCUCCUCCUGUGGCGAGCCCCCCACAGUCCCCAACGCCAAGGUGUUCGGAAAGAAGCGGUCACGUUAUGAGACCAACACCAAAGUGAGGUACUACUGCGAGGAUGGUUUUGUGCAGAAACUGAAGCCAGUGAUCAACUGCAUGCCAGGCGGCCUUUGGGAAGAGCCUCUGAUUACCUGCAGGCCGACUCAUUCAGUGGAAGAAAACUCUGUCACUCCUCCUCCUCACCAGCAGGAGGCGUUUGAGGAGGCCGCUGAGGUGAUGGAGGUCAUGGGUUCAACCACAGAGAAAGCAGCUCCUCUUUUCUGGGACAUUAAGUGGGACAUCUGAUGCCAUCCUUUUCAUUUUAAAUCAAUCCUCCACAUUCCUCCGCGUCUGAAAAAACUUUUAAGUUCAGUGUUUGCAUUAAGUCAAAUAUUGAAAUAUAAAGAGGUCAACCAAGAUCAUCUCAAGGUCACCGCUUUUUAAUCAAAUCAUCUAACUACCAUCUUUUAAUCAAGCUCGCCGCUUUUUAAUGAAAUCAUCUAACAAAGAUGUUUUAAUCAAGGUCAUCUCAAGGUCACCACGAUAUUUUAGAUGGCGAGAAGCUCGAGGACAAUUUGGUACAGAAGCCUGGAAAGGUCAAACAGAUUGUAUAGAUAAUCUCAGUAAAAACAGUGCGUGUAUGUGUGACUUUGUAUGGCUUGUGUGCAGAGAACACAACCUGAUAUUAAAUUCCCCACGUGUCUCUCUGGGCUUCCACAGUUUGCUGUUUUUAAGUGUUAAAGAACAAACACUGUAAAAAAAAAAGAGGUUGUUGAAAUAGCUUUAUGUAAUUGAAGAGUCACGAACGAGAGCAGAGAAGAUCGAGCUAACUGGUCCUCCUAACCCCUAACACCCCCUCCACCCACCAUAAAGCUUCCUGAUUGGUCAGUUUAAGGCCGUCUCUCUGAUCUCCUGGAAAUUAUAAUAACUAGUUAGCCUCAAAGAUCAGACAUCCAAUAAACAAAAUACAAAUACA